GCCCAUUCUGUAGCAGCAACAACACUGACUCGACCGAGAGCCGAGACACAUCACCUUCACACGAAGACAAGCGAAAUCACCUGAAAAAAUGGAUCCCUGCCCGUGCUCCAAGGGUGGAACCUGCAACUGCGGAGAAUCCUGCACUUGCACGAACUGCUCCUGCACCACCUGCAAGAAGAGCUGCUGCCCAUGCUGCCCAUCCGGCUGCACCAAGUGUGCCUCUGGAUGUGUCUGCAAAGGCAAAACUUGUGACACCGCCUGCUGCCAGUGAGGAUCCUCCUGUAACUAGCCCUGUUCUGCCCUUGUGAUUGAGCUGAUGUGCGCUACCUUUUGAAUUAUUUGCAGCUGCAAGCGUCUACAGCGAAAAAUGCAUUUUUGUCUUCAGUAUUGAAAUAAAUGGGAUUCCUAAUGUGA